AUGGGGGACACCUUCAUCCGUCACAUCGCCCUCCUGGGCUUCGAAAAGCGCUUUGUCCCCAGCCAACACUAUGUGUACAUGUUCCUGGUUAAGUGGCAGGACCUGUCGGAGAAGGUGGUCUACAGAAAAUUCACCGAGAUCUACGAGUUCCAUAAAAUGCUAAAGGAGAUGUUCCCCAUUGAGGCUGGUGAGAUCCACGCGGAGAACAGAGUCAUCCCGCACCUCCCGGCACCCAGGUGGUUCGAUGGGCAGCGUGCCGCUGAGAGCCGCCAGGGCACGCUCACUGAGUACUUCAAUGGCCUCAUGGGACUGCCCGUGAAGAUCUCCCGCUGCCCACACCUGUUGAACUUCUUCAAAGUGCGGCCUGAUGACCUGAAACUGCCCACGGAAAGCCAGGUGAAGAAGCCAGAGACAUACCUGAUGCCCAAAGAUGGCAAGAGUAAUGUAGCUGACAUCACAGGCCCCAUCAUCCUUCAGACCUACCGGGCCAUCGCUGACUACGAGAAGAGUUCAAGAACGGAGAUGACCGUGGUAACUGGGGACGUGGUGGACGUCGUGGAGAAAAGCGAGAGUGGCUGGUGGUUUUGCCAGAUGAAGACAAAGCGAGGUUGGGUCCCUGCAUCCUAUCUGGAGCCCCUUGACAGCCCAGACGAGGCGGAGGACCCGGAUCCCAACUACGAAGGUGAACCGUAUGUAACCAUCAAAGCGUACACUGCUGUUGAAGAGGACGAGGUGUCCCUGUCUGAGGGUGAAGCCAUCGAGGUCAUUCAUAAGCUCCUGGAUGGCUGGUGGGUGGUCAGGAAAGGGGAUACCACCGGCUACUUCCCAUCCAUGUAUCUGCAGAAAGCUGGGGAGGAGAUAAGCCAGGCCCAGCGACAGAUCAGAAGCCGCGGGGCACCACCGCGCAGGUCGACCAUCCGCAACGCACAGAGCAUCCACCAGCGUUCUCGGAAGCGCCUCAGCCAGGACACCUAUCGCCGCAACAGCGUCCGAUUCCUGCAGCAGCGCAGACGCCCAGUGAGACCGGGGCCGCAGAGCGCGGUUGGCUCAAAGGGUGAGCGCCAGAGCGGGCGGGUCCGGGGGAGGAGGGUGGGGCCAGGGCCCUGGGACAAUCCAUCAACUCAGCACGCCAAACCACAGCCCGCGGUGCCUCCGCGACCCAGCUCGGACCUCAUCCUGCACCGCUGCACAGAGAGCACCAAGCGGAAGCUGGCGUCUGCUGUAUAAAGGAUAUAGGCCCUAGGCGGCUCUAUCCCUACCCCUGUAUGUACUUGUAUAUAGCCUCAGGUCAGAGGCUCCUCCCUUGCCUUAAUGUUUGGAGUGGACUGAGACUCUGCAGCAAAAGACAGGACUGGGUUUCUCUCCAGAGGUAUUCCUAGGACAUGAGGAGGCAGUGAGCGAUGCUAGGGGGGUUUGCAGGAACAAAAAAUGUCUGAAUACCUGCUGGCCUUCUGCCACAGACAGGUUUGCAGAAGGCCAAGUGCCUUAGGAACGCCUUAGGAAAGUGCUUCUCAGCCUGUUGGCCGUGACCCCUUUGGGGAGGGUGUCAAAAGACUUUCACAAAGGUUACCUAAGACCAUUAGAAAACACAGAUAUUAAUUUUUAUAGAUGUUUAUGUUACGAGUCAUAAAAGUAACGAAAUGACAGUUGUGAAGUAGCAAUGAAAAUAAUUUUAUGAUUGGGGGGUCCCCGCAACCUUGGGAACUAACUGUAUUAAGGGUCACAGCAUUUGGAAGGUUGUGAGGCACUCCUCGGGCCUCAGAAUCUUGUCUAGUGGAUAGAGUGCUUGACUAGAACGCACCAGGCCCUGGCUUCCAUUCCCAGCAUCCCACGAUUGGGCGUGUCAGUGUUCCAGCAUUUUGGCAGUCUAGCCAAGGCUCACGUCUGUAAUCUCAGAGCCAAGAGUCAAGAGAACUGCUGUUAGGUUCAAGGUCGGCUUGGGCCAUGUGGGGAAUUUGAGAUCAGAUAUAGCUACAGUGUGAGAUCCUGUCUCACCCCACCCCAUCCCACACCAUAGCCUUGGGAUAGGGAGUCUCAGGGGCUGUGAGAGAAGGCAGCCGUCAUUAGUGGAUAAUGCCCAAUACUUUCAUUAUAUUCACGCCUCUAAGACCUUGCUGGUAUUUCCAUCCCCAAAUGCAAAGAAACUGCUGGCUGGUCUUAUGUCUGUCAACUUGACACAAACUGGUGUCAUUUAAGGGAGGGAACCUGAAUUGAGAAGAUGCCUCCAUGGGGCUGAAAAAAUGGCUCAGUUGUUAAGAGCACUGACUGCUUUUCCAGAGGUCUGGGGUCAAUUUCCAGCAUCUGCAGGGUGGCUCACAUCUGCCUGUAUCUGCGGUUUUAGGGGAUCUGGAUCUGACACCCUCACACAGACAUAUAUGCAG